GAAGCCGCUGAUAAGACGCGGGGGGCGGGGCCAGGCCCGGCAGAGGCGGCGGCGGUGGAAGCGCUGAGGGGAGCCACCAUGUCACGUGGUGAGGAGCCGAUUUACUCAGAGUAUGAGACUGACACCAGCCAGACCUCAAAGCUGAUAAGAAAAUUUAAAGAGACCCCGUUUGUACCCAUUGGGAUGGCUGGCUUCGUGGCAGUGGUUGGCUAUGGGCUGUACAAGCUGAAGCACAGAGGGAACUUGAAGCUGUCCCUGCACCUGAUUCACAUGCGUGUGGCAGCCCAGGGCUUCGUCGUGGGAGCCAUAACGUGUGGUGUGUUGUAUUCAGUGUUGCAGGACUAUGUGUUGAAGCCCAAGCAGUAGUGGAAAGCUGGCUGGUAUCUCUUUUCCUGGUGGUAGCCUGUGUACUGCAGCAACAAUCCUCAUAUUGAGGGGUUCUUGAGGAAAAAAAAAAAAUACAUGGUAUUAGAGAAUUGCCCUGGAUCUAUUUUGUGUGUGGUGCACUGUCUGAAAAGUGGCAGCCUAAAUGAUGGCACUCUGAGGAGUGGGUAUUAGGGUCUGGUUCUUUAAGACUGACAUUACUACAUCAAGGUUAAUUUAGGGGCUGUAGUAGAGUAUAAUCCUUUUACUUCCCCCUGUCAGCUCAGUCCUAAAACUCAGUCCCUUUUUGCUGGCAUUGCCCAAACCCACAAAAUCUGACACAGCUUCUGUGAGGCCUCAGGCAGAAUGAGGAGGCUGUGACUGUAGGAUGCUUUGCUCUCAGUUUUUAUCCAGUGGAUCUCUUUGUAACUUAAAAGCUUCCAGUAGCACUGACUUCUAAAAUGCUGAGAUAUAAACAUCUAUAUUUUUUUUUAUUUAAGGUAUAAGUAUUUGGUAUAUUGCAGCUAUUUAAAUGUUAUAUUUAUUAAUUGUUAGUGAAGACACAGGCUCCCUAUUUUCACUAUGGAUUUUCAGACUUUUGGAAUUCUGUAUUUUUAGCUUUAUUUAGUGUUCUUCUGCAUAACAUUUAAAUGUAACAUUUAAACUAUUGUGAAAACAAAACCAUGAUUUGGUGUUUUAAUUUCAAGUAUAUAAUUUAGCUCUGCUUUCUGCAGUAUCAUUCCCUACGGAAUUUUUAAAACAUUUAUGUCUGAAAAGCCCCCAUCAUCUUCCAUGAGGUGUUGAAAGCCUUCUCUGUAGAUUGCCACUGUUAUUUUUCCACUUGAACCCCUUGUACCUCCAACAGCAGUCAUGAAAAUAAAUGUGUUGAUAAAGCCAAUUUGUAAAAACCUCAUUUUCUCCUCUUAGCUCACAUUCCAAGGUGGCAGUAUGAUGUCUGUUUGUAAUAACUACCACAAGGUACAUGCUGCACCUCUGUCUGUAACUGCACAGAGCAGUAGAUCAAAUAUGAAUAAAUAUGUGG